AACCUCCUCUUGUAUCAAAAACACACAACACUUUCUCUCAGAUUCCAUCACUACUUUUUCACACCAGAGAAAACUCACAAAAGACUCCAUCUUUACUCUGAAUUCUUGAUCAUCGCCUUCUCUUACUUGACUCUUGAGAUCAUAUACCUUGGACCGACAAAGAUUGGAUCAAGAUUUACAUCGAAUCCAGAGCAAACCUGUUGUUAGCAGUUCAAGAAUCGAAAGAUGGGUCUAUCAAGUCUUCCUGGUCCAUCAGAAGGAAUGCUCUGUGUGAUAUUAGUUAACACAGCAUUAUCAAUCUCCAUUGUCAAAGGCAUUGUCCGAUCAGUCCUUGGCAUAGUAGGAAUCCGUCUCUCGCCUCCUUCGUCCUCGCCUUCCUCUGUGACGACGUCUUUAGAGAAUCCAACUUCAGAGCCUUUUGAUUUCCGGGUCUGCCAGCCAGAGAGUUUCCUUGAGGAAUUCAGGAACAAGACUCCUACACUGAGGUUUGAGAGCUUGUGCAGGUGCAAGAAACAGGCGGACAACGAGUGCUCGGUGUGCCUUUCGAAAUUCGAAGGGGAUUCAGAGAUCAACAAGCUAAAGUGUGGCCACUUGUUUCACAAAACAUGCUUGGAGAAAUGGAUAGACUAUUGGAACAUCACUUGCCCAUUGUGUAGGACUCCUCUUGUUGUUGUAGCAGAAGACCACCAGCUUUCUCCUUCUACUGUUUGGUGACUGCUUUUCACUGUAUAGAGGGUUUUUGUUUGUUUGGGUGUGUUUGAUGUGUACAGCUAUUUUACUAUGAAUUAGGCUUGCGUCACGGUUGAUUCUCGACCGGGGAUGGGUAAUCUUAUGUACAUAUCCUGUGAGUUAUAUAUAUACCCAUGUGUAAUGGAGCUCUUGUUUGAACAUAAUUUUCAUGAAUCUAUGUGUAUGUGUGGAUUGAGAACUCA